AUGGGUACCGGGGUUCGGUUGUGGGCCCUGGGUGCCCUGCUUUUGGCCGCAACCCACGCCGAGGUGCCCACGAAAGAUGAGGGCCCGUUCAAAGUGUACCGCGUCGUCCCUACAACCCGAUGGCAACUCGAGGAGAUGAUUCGCAUCUUUGAAAACGCCGAAUCUGAGGAAGCGGACUUUUGGCACCCUCCCUCUGUUAUCAAUUCGACAGUCGAUGUGAUGGUGGCGCCGAGUCACACACGUCUUUUCGAAGCAUUUCUUCAAAACGGGUCCUACCCCUUCGAGAUUGCCAUUCAUGACUUGAAACAAAAGCUAAUCGAGGUGGAGGGCGACGAAAAGGUUUCGCGCUGGUCGCGGUCGCGGCGUGUUUUUGUGGAAAAAAUCAUGCGCGAUGGCCCGGGGACGGGCAUUCAGAUGGGAGAAUAUUACAGCUACGGAACAAUCGUUGAUUGGAUGCGGCGGAUUGCUGAUAGGAUGCCGAGAAUAGCGACAAUCGUCGAUAUUGGGCGAUCAUCGGAGGGGAAAGAUAUUUUUGGACUCCGGUUCGGUCGUGAUGACGGUCAAAAGCCCGUCGUUGUCAUCGAUGCCGGAAUCCACGCCCGUGAGUGGACAGCCGUCCACACCGCCAUGUAUUUCAUCAAUCUGAUGGCCAACGGCCAAGGGUCCGACCCGUUCGUUCGCGGUUACCUCGACGGGCUCGUCAUCUACAUCUUUCCGGUGCUGAACCCGGACGGCUACGAGUUUACGCGAAAUGACAGAACCAACCCUAGGUCCCGGAUGUGGCGAAAGUCGAGGUCUGCACAAAAGUGUGCUUGGGAUGGGCAGUCGACAAAGUGUUGUCACGGCGUGGAUUUGAACCGGAAUUUCGAUUUCCGGUUUGGAGAAGUCGGCGCUUCGCGGUACCCGUGCUCGGAGAUUUAUCAUGGUGAAUUUGCGCACAGCGAGCCGGAAACAAAGGCAUUCGCCAAUUUCCUCAAGGGUCUCGGCCAGCGCCUGAAGGGCUACAUUACGCUCCACGCCUACUCCCAGCUCUGGAUCUACUCAUACUCCCACCGGAAGUUUACGUACCCAGGAAAUAUCGAGGAUGUGCGCGCCUUAGCGACGAAGGCGGUGGCAGCGCUGGGCCGUGAAUUCGGCACAAAGUAUCAAAUCGGAACUGGACCAGAAAUUAUCUACGCAUUCUCUGGCGGCUCGACAGAUUGGGCGACGGAGAAGCUGCGGGUUAAAUAUUCCUACACGCUCGAGUUGCGUCCAACUUAUCAAGAAUGGAAUGGCUUCGUCCUCGACAAACGUCAACUCAUCCCAACCGCCAAGGAGACAUGGGCCGGUGUGAAGGUGGUGCUCGAUCAGAUCGCCCUCGAAUACCGUAGUGCUAUAGAUGAAGCGGAAGCGGCUGAGCGUCGCCGCAUCCAACUCCGCGGCCAAUGCGCCGAUCGUUCCCCCUCGUGCCUCCAUUGGCGGGCUCAGGCCCCAGAUAUUUGCCGCACUUCCGCUUCCGCCAUGCUGCGCGACUGUCCGAAUAUGUGUGAUGUUUGUCAUUUGGUGCUCCCU